AUGUUAUGCAUAGGAACGUUAGCUUUGGCUCUCGCUGUUGAAGAAUCUAAUUUGCAUAAACGAAUAGCGUUGAAAUUUUUGAAAGGACUUGCAGGCAGACCAAUAUUUUUGAUGAUCGGCUUAAUGAGCAUAGCUUCAUUUAUAAGUUGUUGGGUUUCGGAUUUGGCAUGCACAGCGUUGAUGCUGCCAAUUGUGAUGGUUAUCUGCGAAAUUCUUUCCAACGAACGUAGCCAAAAACAGUCGGGAAAACAAAUUAAAUUUGAGGGUUUAGAAGCAGCUGAAUCUAAAAAAUUAGACUGGCAACUGACGCCUAAAGAGCGAUUGCACUAUGACGUAAUGAAUGCUGAAGAUAAGGCGUUGUGUAAAGCGCUUCUUUUAAUAUCUGUUCAUGGCGCUCUUAUCGGCGGAAUGACAGUUUUAACAGGGACUGGAACCAAUCUUAUUUUUCGAGAAAAAAUUUAUGAGUCAGUUGACUGUAAAGAUUUUUGGUCUUAA